UCAGUGUGCGACGCGGAUAAAUGCCCUCCGAGUCCGACACCACUCUGUCCGCAUAGUGUUUGAUGUUUCCUUUGGAAAUUUAAUAGACUUUCUGAUGACAUUACGACUGAUUACUAAACAAAAUUUAUAUUCAAAAACACCUGUAUUUUUGGAAUACAAUUGAAAAAUAUAAUGGCGACUACAGUACUCCAGGAUCGAGAAGUGCGCCCUCUGUUGGCAAUGUCAGUCCGUAUCAACUUGUUGCCUAGACGAAGAUGGCGCCGUGCAAGGCAGUGGAAAUUCGCGUCUGAACUCUUCUAAAAUUGACGUUUGUAAAACAAGAUAACGAAUCAAAACCAGCAACCAAAACAACAACACCAAGAUCAACAACAACAGAAGCCAUGUCACAGGAGCUGACUGUCCCCAACCAGGAUGGAGAUAGCUACCUGCUGGAUGACAGCCCCAGCCCUGACGGAGAUGAUUUACACUCUCCAGGGGGCUUCGAGACAGGGGCCAGGGGUGGGGGACCAGAGACCCGUCAGUGGAUGGAGUCAAGUGAAGGACCGUUAGAGUAUGAGAGUGAUCCCGAGAUGUGGUCGCAGAGUGACGACACCUCCUUAACUGGACCGGAGGAGAGUCUCAGCGAGCAAGGCAGUGACAGGCCCUCCUCAGCCAAACAGAAGUUCAGUCGUCAUGAGAAGCUACGGAUGCUGGCCCUGCGUCGUCAUCUAGACAACCUGGCCGGACAGGUGCUUGAGAGCGAACAUGUUGUGCAGACCUCCAGAGAGGAACUCAAGAAGUGUCGCACCAAGCUGGAAGCCCUUGAGUUAGAGGGGGAACAUGUCAAAGAGCAGCUCUCUCAAAGUGAGGAACAAGGCAACAUGGCCAACGUCCAUCGGCUGCGAAGCAAGCUGGUUAAGUUGGAUAAGGAGCUUGAGGCUGAGAGAGACUUGGAGAAACAGAUCCAGGAACGACUGGACCUAGCAGAGCUAGACCUUUCCAAAGCAGAGCUAGAACAAGGCAAGUUUAUCUUGGCAGAAGAGGAUUUGGAGACGCAAGAGGAACGCUUGGAGCAAGAAAGGACAGAGAAUGUCCUACAACGAGCUAGGAAGGAGAACAUCAAGGUGUUGCAGGCAGAUCGGAGGCGUAGAAAUAGAGAAAGAGACCACAUGGCAGCAUUACGUGAGCGAGAUCGUAAGCAUCGUCAGGCCAUGAGUGCUGCUAGACGUUCACGGGAGGCCGCGGCCAAAUAUCUCAAGGAGACAGUGGCUAAGGUGCGGCAGAAGGAGGCAGAUGAGGAGGAGAGACAAAGGAACCACGUGGACCAGCGGGUCAAGACGUUGCUGAACCUAAGAAGUGAUGUCUCAUCAAACAGGGAGAAUCUGCGGGCUCUGCAAGCAAGGAGCCGAUACUUAGCCCAGCAGGAGCAGGAGAUGAUAGACCAGGAGAGGGGCGGGCUAGAGGCAGCGGGAGAGAACGCUGAGGAGGUCAUGCUCAGGAAACAAAGACUGCAACAGUUCGAGCAAGAAAAACAGCAACACGAGGCCAGUCAGAAGGAGCGACAGGCUGAACUCCUGUCCCACCUGCUACGUGAGGAGCGUCAGAUGAAGAAACGCCAGGCCAUGUACCCUCAGCUCUGGCCCGAUGCCAAGCGGGACCGCGCCAAGCGUGUCACCCGACCCAAGCGCAAAGCUCGCAUCAUCAGAGAGUACAGUGGCUCCUCUUCCAUGGAGUACAGCGCUGACGUAGAGGAGGCUGCUGUCCCAAAACCCAGCUCAACCAAGUUAGCUGGGGCAGACAUCUCCUCAGAUGAUGAUGGUUUCAGUCCGUACGGCGCCACCAGCCGUGACGAGCGCGGCGGUAGCGACAGUGAGGAUCGGAAGGAUGAACUCGCUAAACCAGAGUUUGAGGGACUGUGGGACCAAGAACACAAGACUUACAAGGUACCCAAGGAGGAGGAUGCUAGCUACAAUCUCAAGUACCCGAGUAAGAUGGAAAGAGAAAUGAUGGCCGCAGCUCUAGACAAACACCGAGCAGGCAUCGUCAGGAAGCAGGUGGCUGCCGGCAAGGAAUUCAAGGGGUGUCCGUUCUACAGCAAACCUGAUAUCAUCCACUUCAAGGAUUUUGACGUUGGCAAGUCCUACAAGAAGAAAGUGAUCCUGACCAACGUCUCCUACAGUGUCAACUUCAUCAAGCUGGUUGAUCUGUCUGAUCAUCUGAAAGAUUUCAUCGACCUGCAGUUUGAUCCGCCAGGCCAGAUGUCAGCGGGCAUGAGCUGUGAAAUGGUGGUCACAUUCAAACCAAUGAUCAAUGAGGAUUUGGAGGGUGAGGUGCAGUUCUUGACUCAAACCGGACCGUUCUGCGUACCAGUUAAUUGCUCGACAAAGAAAUGUGAUUUAUCCGUAGACAUGGACAGCAUAGAUUUUGGGACCCAAGUGAUCGGAGAGACACUGAAGAAAACCAUCACCCUGACCAACAACGGAGCCAAGGGAACAAACUUUGAGUUCCUCAAGAUUACAGGGAUGAAACGAAAUACAUUGACAUCAGCCGGUACUUCCCUGGGUCGUUUGACUACUGCUGAUAUGAGCACGCGGCCAAACACAUCCAAGGCUCCGGAUGAUGCAACCGUUGAUGACAAGAAAGAGAAAUCAGAUGACAUUGAGUCUAAGAAAGAAGGGGAGAAUGCACAAGAAUUAGCUGCUGGAGAGGAGACUAAGGAACCAUUGUCAGCCAGGAGUAAGCGAUCCGGGGUCGUGACCAUCACUGUGGAUGAUGCAGAAGCAACUGAAGCUUUUACUUUAGCCCCUGAUGACCUGGAGGAUCCAAGCAUCUGGGAUGGGAUGCGCGUCGGUCAGGUGACCGGUGACGAGAUCGGCCCCUUCUCCUCCAUCAAACUAGAGGUCAUCUUCCAACCCACGAUUCCUGGCGCUGUGGACGUAGACUUUGAGAUUCGGUUCACGGACCCUCUCUCUGAAACUAUUGACGUCCAGGCCUCAGCGUUGGCGAUCGACGUUCCCGUCUGGGUGGAGCGUCAGAACGUUGACCUGAGGAUCUGCAUGUUUGACCGUUUAUAUCAAGACGCUAUCGUUGUCAACAACCGCGCCACCACUGCACUGCGUAUCAAGUUUGAGGUUUGCAAGGAGCUACGCAACCACAUGGAGUUACUGCCCAAGACGGCAUACAUACAAGCCCAGUCGCAAUUCUCCGCCCAAUUGAAGUUCCUGCCCAGGCAUAGUCUUAUCGAGGAAGCUGGUCCAUGUUUUGAUAAAGAGACGGGCGUCUUGGAAGCUCCCAUGACCAUCAGAGUGGCUGAUCAGACUGCUCCAGUGUUGUACACAGUGCACGCCGUGGUCACCACGUCUGAUAUGGCUUUCAACACGGACUUCAUUGACUUUGGUUAUGCCACCAUUCACGAAUCGGUCAUCGCAGCGGUCAAGCUGACCAACCGGUCAAUCCUGUCACAGAAGUUUGGCUUCGUCAACCUUCCUGAUUACGUGGAUGUUCAGCCCAAUGACGGAUUUGGCACACUGCUACCACUGGAAACUGUGGACCUGGAUGUCAUCUUCAGCGCCAAGAAAGCUAAAAAUUACAACUUUGACCUGACAUGCAAAUCAGGAAUCAACAGGGAUUUCAAGAUUUCCUGUACAGCCGUCGGUGUCCACCCUCCGUUAGAGCUCUCCCACUCCACCAUUCACUUCGCAGCGACCGCCGUGGAAGAUUCAUCCAUCACAUCUCUCUGUGUGGUCAACUCUCACACCAGCGCUAACGAGUUCACCCAUCCAGUGCCUCGUGUCGGUAAGGGGGAUAUUGCCCCCGUCGGACCCACGGCGUUUGAGUUUGUGUUGCCCGAGGGCGUGCCAGUGGCUAUCUCCCCUGCCGUUGGUGUUGUGAAACCUGGACAGAAAGUCAAAGUGUCAGUCAAGUUCUGCCCCCAGCUGGGCGUGGCCGAUAUCAAGGAGGAGGCGGUACGGCUGAUCACCAAAGCCAUGGAGGCUAAAGCCAAGUACGAGUUUGAGCAAGCGCAGCUGGCUGCUAAGAAGAGCGCCCUCGAGGGGCUGGCAGAGGAAGAGGAUGCAAAGAAAGGAAAGAAGGGAGCUAAACGUAACGUCAAGUCUCCAUCAAGCAAGUCUAAGGGGAGCCCUACCCUCCAGCAGGUCAUCCCACCCAAGGUGGAGGACAUUCAGCCUGGAUCUGAUGAGUUUGCAGCAGGUAGGACCUCUCUCCUUCGUCAGUUUGCUGGUCGGUUCAGCAGUUAUUCCAUCCCCUGCUAUGUGGCCUCAGGCCAGCCCGGUGAUCCAGGGACACUUCCCUACAUUGUUCACAACACAUUGUAUCUGGAAGUCCACUGCCCAGCGGUCAAGCCUCCUGUAGUGGUCAUUUCUGACCGUGGACGCACCACCAAAGACUUUGGGGACAUAUCGGUCGGUCAACGAAUCAUCAUGUCCGUUUCCAUCCAGAAUAUCUCGGACCAAGUCUUGGAUCUGAAGUCCUCCAUCUUGGAUACCAACGGUCCCUUUAGUCUUCUCAAUGCAUUGCGGAGUCUUCCCAUUGACGGCACACACACCCUCCUGAUUGCCUUUGCACCCCUACAGGCCAAAGUGUACCAGGAAGUGCUGGACAUUCGUUGUGCGUCUGCAACUCUCAGCGUUUGUCUGAAAGGCCAGGGAAUCAAUCCCCUCGUCAACAUUUCACUCAAGGAACCUGAGCUGGAUCUGGGCUAUGUUCUAGCAGGAGAGGAAAACUCUGAAACGUUCAAGCUGGAGAAUGUUUCUUCACUCGCUGUGGACUAUGCCAUCAACUUGGCUAGUCUUUCCUUCAAGAAGCACGCUGACCAGCAGGGCAUUCCACUCUUCAUCCGUCGUGAUGCUUUGGCAGAUUCCAGACUGGUUGGCAAGGCUAACCUCAAUGGGAGCAGCGUAUUUGACUGUGUGCCCUGUGAGGGCACUCUUCAACCAGGCAGCAAGACAGAGAUCACAGUGUUCUUCCGUCCUGACCACCCAUCUGAAUGCUUCUCUGACGUGGCACGGAUCGUGCUGUACGGCAAACACGAGGCCCACGCCAUCCAUCUAAAAGGCGCGGCCAAGUCUAAGAUCAUGUACGUCAUGGGUGGAGACCCGAUGCAGCCAGCUGUCGAGAGUCUAGCCGUCGUUCCUGUAACAGAGGAGGAAGAAGACCCUAAGGCUCUCCCUCCUGCGAUUCCAUUACUUCUAUCCUUCCGUGCCUUGGGCAAGGAAGACCAGACCAUCGCAGCGACCAGACAGCUACAAGUGGGAUGCAUACGCACCAUGGCCGUCAGCCAGAAGAAGAACGGUGAGUUCUUCUUUGAUAACCUGAACAUGGUGACACCUAAGGGUUUCAGCGUGGACACCCAACGUGGCAUGGUAGAAGCCGGCAUGACUAGACCAGUCAAUAUCACCUGGGCACCACCCAAAGGACAUGAUCCCAACAUGGUCAUAGAAGCCAGUGUUAUCUUCAACUUGAAGGGAGACGUGCUUGAGAGAUACAACCUCCUCCUACGAGCCCAGGUGGUUACCGAGGAGAUAGCAGCGCCAUAGCAACAUCACCAUAGCAACAGUUGCAUAGCAACUGGAAUAACUGGACAAAACAUGGGGAAGUAAAUCACCUUCACAUGAAAUAACAUUUUUUUUCUCCGAGUUUUAAACCUGGAUGGUCAAAAUUUGCUGAAAUUUGAAGAAAACAAAUUGAGUUAUGAAUGUAAUUCCUGUAAUUGCAGGAGUUCCUACUUGUUUACCUUUUUGUUUUCAAAUGCCAUUUAUGCUUCAUACUCAAAUUUCCUGCUAAAAUGUCAUAGCCCAUUUUAUUCCCAUGGUGUCAGAAGUGCGCAGUCAAAAUACUUUUUAUAUAAAUGUAAAUAAAAAAAAGAAACAGGGUACCGAAACCAAACAUCCAAAAAAGCUAAAAACACAACUCUUCAACAAAAAAAACGAAGACAAUGAUGUUUACCCUCCCAAUUUUUGACUGAAGACGAAGGAAUGUCCUAAUGAAGUUUUGAAGUGUGCAGUUUUCACCUCUCAAAAUAACCUUAAAAAAAUACUUUCAAGAGAGGGAAAUUUGAUCUGAAAUUUUCACAGAAAUUCGUUAACACAAUACCCCCUCCCCCCUGUUGUUGAAAGCUACAUCCGCCCCUACAUAUCAUAAAGAUGUGUACCUCCCAACUAUCUUAUAAGAUGUAUACCUCAGAUUCAAACCAGCCAACCGAUCCCGUUAGCUCGGUGGUCGAGUGGUAAGACAUCUGCU